GCCGGGGUCCCGCCGUCGCUUCAUCUUUGUGUGUGGUUGUGCGAGUGUGUGUGAUUCCCUCCUAUUUACCACCCUCCCUCCGUUUACCACAGUAUUCCGUACCUCGCCAACUCUGGUUCGCUCAGUCCGCUCUGCGCCUCUCUUCGCCCCCUUCUUCUAUGCCCUCGGCCCCCCUUUUUUUGUUUUGUCGCCUUGCCUCGUCCCCAUCUCCAUCCCAUCUGCACCUGCUUGCAAGUGUCAGCGGCGAGGACCCAUCUGGACAACACGGGCUUUCGCAAAUUUGGGGGGAUCAUCGUGGAAUCGAAAUCAAACUUCUGGAACCUGGCUCUUUCUUUCUUAUUCCAGUGUCUCGGACCGGUCCUGGUCUGCCUUACCCAGCAUCGCAUCCAUUCGAUCAGCAUUCCGAAAUCCUUGCGCCUUUCUGUCCUGACUUCAGCCGCUCCUUUUUUGACUACGAUACCCAACUCACAGGUCGCUGUGCAGCCACUUCUUUGGACUAACGCCCUCUUGCAAACAUUCUCUGGACCACCUUUGGAUAGCUCAUUGACCUGGACUGCCGAAUAACCACUGGUCGAGCUCGCCUUGGACAAUUGGGCCAUCAGCCUGACAACUGCUCCCAACAGCAAGCUCUAGAAGCGAGCGCCCAACCGCCCGCCCGCCCCCUCCUAAUCCGGAUACCGAACCUUGGUCACACACGCGAACAUGGCCCCCUCGCUGACCGCACACACCUCCUUCACCCGUCCGAGGACGAGUGAUCGCGAUGCCCGCCCUGCUACCCGCGACCAGGGCGACACCAACCUCAUCAUCCCCAGUCGGACGUCGUCGCUGCAUUCGAGAAUCACCCAGCCCAUCCCCUCGACCCUCAACGCCAAAGCUCAGCAGCGGACACCCAAGACCCUCACACAUGCCUACAUGGUCUGCGGUGUUGGCCGGGAGCCAUCCCAGUGGGUCAAGGCCCCGGCCCCGGCUCAGGGCAAGAUCGGACACAUGAAGGGUGCUGUCGGCCAGUUCUGGCUGCCAGAGAUCCUGGGCAGUAGCCCCAGGUUGGAGCAGGACAACGACAUUGCUCGCUCCUUGCACGCUGCCAUGAGGGCUUGUUUCCCCCACGACGUCGAGAUCUGCACAGGUCGUAGCCAGCCUCACUGCGUCCACCACGCCUUUGUCCUUCAGCAGGACUCUUCACACACCCUCUACGGCAUUUGCCUGAGGGUCUGGUCGCGCGCAGACGAGAAGCGUGCCGAAACUAUCCGUGAUCUGAGGAAGAGGACGGAGCCCGACUUCUACGACAACACCGACGAGACGUACUGGAUUCCCUACUGCUUGUCCUUCCUCUCCCGGUACCCACUCUACAACUUGCUGGGUGACUACCUGCGGGGAAUGUGGAUUCACUGGAACAAGGCUACCAACCUCUUCCAUGCCGAGGAGGUCUCGAGGAUCCUGAGUUUCCCCGCGCCCCGCCUCAACGACCUGGUGCGAAUCGACAUGAAGGACUAUGCGCUGUGCUACCAGUUCCCGUCGUCCCCAACUGGCUUCCAGAACUUUGCCAUGUGGCCAUUGUUUGCUUGCCUGUCUAUUCCCAACAUCGUGGGAGUCAUCGAAGCCGCCAUCUCGCCGACUCGCCGCAUCAUCUUUGUGAGCCACUACCCCGCCAUACUCACCGUCGCCGCCGAGACGAUUCGAUACUGCGUGCGCGUCUACGAGUGGAGUGGGCUCUACGUGCCAGUGGUGCAUGCCCGUCAUGCGAAGGAGCUCGUCCAAGAGCCCGGCCCAUACAUCCUGGGUGUUACUGCCGAAUGCCGGUCGCUCUUCACCGCGCCCAACGAUGCUCUCGUGGUUGACCUGGACCGCAACUUUGUCCUGACCUCAGACCCGCCGACUGCCCUAACACCUAACCAGCGCAACAAGUUUGUCACUCGCCUGACCCAGGCUCUGAAUGGGGACGUCACCCCAUCCGGCGUCCCACAGCACCUUCGCUCCGCAUACGGCGGUGGCAAGCUUGUGCCAGCUGGUCAGAUCAUAGUGAUGCGCGGCGAGGUCGAGUCGAUCCAGGACCCCGAGUGGUGGAAUCAGGACUCUAUUAUGGCUGUCAUGGACCACGUCUGUGAGAAGAUGGGUCGCAACAGCGGUAUCAAGGCUGUUUUCGGUGGAUCUGUCAAGAAGCCACUGAUGACGAAGGUGUCUAUGAGGCACCUGAACGAGAUCGUGCGCGAGAGGAACCAGUACUCGCGUGACGCCCAGGAGGCUUGGCAGGACUUUAUCAACCUGAAGGGUCGCAUGGAUACCGAGCUCGCCAAGGUUACCAAGCGCAACAACUACCUCAAUGAGGAGUUGGAGAGCUGGAAGCAGCAGUUCCUCAAAUUCCAGGCCUUUGCUGAGACGCUCACGAAGGAAACCCAAGAUCUCAAGGUCAAGAUUGAGGGCCACAAGAGGGAGAACCGUCGCCUGGGUGGCCUCAUUGACCAGCAGAAGGAUGAUGCCGCACGCAUGUCCGUCCGCCUCACCGGAACGGAGAAGCAGCGUGAUGACGCACUUGAGGCUCUUGUCCUCCAGCAGGAGAUCGCUGAAGAGCUGGAGCGCGAGCGCAAGAGGAACAAGAAGGAGCUUGCUGCUAUGCAACACACCAAUGUGACCAUCAUGCGCCAGCGCGACGAGGCUCGCCGCGUCGUUCUGCACCUGCGCAGUCUCAUCGGCGGACAGAGCCACCACAUGGAGCAUCUUGUCCAGUCCUUGACCCACCCCGUCGAUUUGGAGGAGGAGAUCGCAAACGGCUUUGUUGCGGCCACCGAGGAAGAUGGCGGCAUGUCGUCGGUUGACAAGGAGCGCCUCAUCAAGGCUGCUCGCAACAGCAAGCGAUUCUCGACUUCGAGCUUCUUCGACGUGGCAGACCGCCACCUGAAGGACAAGACUGACGCUAUUUCCCACAUCAUCCGCAACAUUGCAGAGCAGUGCCAAGCUGCCGUGGAGGGUCUGGACCUGGCGCUCGACGCCGAGACUGACACGCCGACGGCCAAUCGCCGCCGCAGCAGCAACCUCUCUGGUCGCUACAGUGAGGAUGGCCGCUCGACUGCUGCCUCUGAUAUGGGUGAAGACAGCCACCUCAACCCAUCUGGACGCACAUCGAGCAUCCCUCCUACUCCCGACCUGAUCCCAAACCGCAGCUCGACAAGCAUGUCGAUCGCGUCGACGAUGACAACGCCCGAGCGAUCAUCGCAGCAGUACAGCAUCGGCCACGAGAUCCCGACCAAGAUCGUCGAGGAUGACGAAGAGGACUACACGGAGCGCAGCGACAAUGACAUGCCUCAGCAAGAGGCUGUCGUCGGCAAGCACGCCGAGUCCCUCAUCCACCGCCCCUCUGGCGCUCGAAUAAGUGCAUUAGGUGGGCCCCGGUGAAUCGCAGCGAAGCAGGGUCCCCCCAGCAAACGGGGAGAUCCUGACUUCAAGAAACGGCGAUCCAUGGAGAUGCAAGCAGCCUGCGAUUGGGCAGAGCAACAGGCGAGACGAAAAGAAGAAGAAGCGGCGCAACGAAAAAAGAAGCGCGACGCCGACUUCAAGAAGAGGCGGUCCAUUGAAUUACUUGCGGGCUACGACCAGAACAUCCACAAACUGUGGAGAUGAACAGUGAAACGCAGCGGAGACAACAAACCCAUGCACGCGCCCAUGGCCAUCCGUUGACGUCGGAUUUCUUUUUUGCUUUCCUUUUUUCAAGAACAUCAUUAUACCACGGGGAUGGAUGAGCUUCGGGAAGACUUUGAAGCUGAUACGUAAUGAGGCGUUGUGGAACUUUUAUCUCGAGACGUCCCAGAUUCACCUCUUGAUAUUUUUGUUUCUUUUGAGUUUAUUUUGCCAUGUUCCCUUUUUCUCGGCAACGUUGAGCAUUUUGAGCGGAUUUUGGGGAUGGUUUGCAGGGGAAUGAUGGACAUCUGGUUCUAUCAUGUCCUUGUCACACUCCGCUUGUCGGAGCUGGUGGAAGUUUUGAAAAAAAAAGACGGCGGUGACAACUGGCUUGGACGGGACACGUUUUGCUCGCCUGGACCCGAACGUCGGAAUCGUGUGUAGGAUCUCAGUGCUGGGAGAGAAAAGCUUGGGCGCAGAUUCUUCAGUGUGGUGGUGGCGUGUGCUUGUGUUUUCCUUCUUCCUCCCACACCACGCGUACGUAUGUACGGUUUGGCGGAUUUCUUCUACUCUCCCUACCUUACCUUUUUCUUUUGAUACCUCCAUACAACCCCCGACCACUGCACACACAGGUUCAGUUUGCGAUUCUCUCUCCGUGUAUUCGACCACAUACAUUCGGAUGCUAUACGAAUCAAAGCUUAUUAAUUCAAAAUAUCCCAAGAA